AUGUCCGACGGCGGAUGCCGCGGCGGCGGCGGCGACGGCGGCGCUAGCAACAGCGGGAAAUCCCCCGACGACGAGGUUCUGAGCGCGCGGGAGAGCCGCGCGCUGGAUUGGGGCGCGGAUUUGACAAUUGCGGGGGUUGGCGCGGGGAAGAAGCGCAAGGGCGAGGCGGUCAGUCGAGACGAGGUGGCGCUUAUUAUGGCUGUUGCGAAGCGGCUUAAAACGGAGCAUGACGUGGAGCCGGACGAAUGCCCUGGAGCCGCGUCUGUCGCCGGAUGGCGGCAGAAGGACUGCGAAAUGGCUGCUGCUUCGCUCCUAUUGGCUCCGCCAAGCGCGGCGGAGUCUACGGUAGCGACAGACGCGGCGGCGGACGCGGCGGCUGAAGCCACCGCGAUCGAGACGCGCGACGCGGCGGGAGUGGCUGGUGGCCAGGCAGGCUCCGCGGUGCAGGCGAAGCGGCUCGAAGGGGUGAACGUGCAGCGCGCAGCGGGCAAGGGGGGAGUCCCGGAGCUGCUGCCGCUGCUGGCGGAAGCGCGAGGAGCACUCGCGGCGGGAGAGGCGGAGGUGGCGCGGCUGGGGGGGGCGGCGGAGGAGGAGAAGCGGGCGGAGAGUGUGAGGGAGAAGAGUGGCAUGUGGCUUGAGCUAGGCAAUGCGGGCCAGCCCUCCGGGAACUCCGGGACCUCUGGGAACUCCGUGGUCUCUGGGACCUGUUCCCGAGCCUGCUCCAGUGGCGGCUCAUCCCCUUCUGCUGCGGCGUCCUCUCCUGCUGCUGCUGCUGCUGCUGCUGGUGAUGUGGCGGCUGCAGCUACUGCUCCUCCUGCUCCUGCUCUUCCCGCUGCUCCUGCUACUGCUCAUACUGCCCCUCCUGCUCCUCCUCCUCCUGCUCCUGCUGCUGCUGUUCCUACCGCUGCGGCUCCUCCUGUUUCCUCCACGCCUGUGAUCUCACGGCCGGUGGCUCUGCGUGUGAGCGCCCGUCCGUCUGCGGCAGUUGUGCCCACAGCUACAGCCCCUGCCCUUGCAUCCCCUGCUCCUGUUGCUACACCUCCUGUUGCGAAACCACCCCUGCUUUGCCCUGCUGGCCCAGCUAUGCCUGCUGUGCCUGCUAUGCCUGCUGUACCUGCUAUGCCUGCUGUACCUGCUAUGCCUGCUGUGCCUGCCCUUCGCCUGCCCAUGCUGUGCCUCCCCAAGGUGGCUGCUCACUCUCCUCUUCGACAGGAGCCGCCUGCUUCUUCGAAUGCAAAUGCUGCCGCCUCUGCUGCUGCUGCUGCUUCCGCCGCCAAUGCUGCCACCUCUGCUGCUCCCGCUCCUGCUCCUGCUCCUGCUCCUGCUCCUGCUCCUGCUCUUGCUCCUGCUCCUUCUGCUGCUCCUGUUCCUAAGGUCGUUUGCCCGUUGCCUUCAACGCCGGUUGCUGCUGCCUUUCCCGUGUUGGCCUGCAACGGUGGGAGCAUGGCCACGAGGAGUCCAGGAAGCCCCAAGCAGGCCCACACUCCUCCCCAGCAGCAGCAGCAGCAGCAGCAGCACCUGCUGACGCCUCUGGGUUAA